UGAUCGAUUAUAUUCAGAAGAACUGGUUCAAUAAGGAGGGAAGACUGGAGAAAUGGGCGUUAUUUCACAGGGAGGCAAGAUGGACAAGUUGUCACGACCAACAAUUGGAUAGAGUCGUGGCAUGCUCGUUUGAAGGGCGAUCAUCUUGGUCGCGAUCGGAAUCUCCGUGUCGAUCGGCUUGUUUAUUUGCUGCAGGAUCGAGUAGAUAGAGAGUUUCGAUUCGCAUAUCUCAAGAGCAAGAGAGGCUUCCAACCCAUACCCUGGAGAAAGGGGGACGUGGAGAGGAAACAGAAAGCAGACAAGGUUUCGUUCGACGAGGCACAACGCAAGAUUGAUUACAACAGAGACCAGCCCUGCGAUGAUGGACGCUUACGGAUCUCCAUUCAGUCAUUUGACC